CAAGGAAUAUUCUCUGCGAUCAAGGGCCUCUUGCGCACCGCCGAACAACUGAAGAUCAAAGGCCUCUGUGAGACAGCGGAAAACGCUGAUGAUUUGAACGACGCGGCCACAGCGACAAUAACCGUGUCGGAGAACAUACAGCAGGCAGUCGUGGGCAGCAUUGUGAAUCCCAGCAUAGUGCCGGGUGGAGCAGCCUCACCCUCGCUCGAGCAGCAGCACCAUCAGCACCACCAACAGACCCAAGCGCAGGCCCAGGCCCACGAACAGGAGCAGCAACUCCAGCAGCAACAGCAGCAACAGCAGCAGCAACAGCAGCAGCAGGUGCAUGCCCAGCAGCAUCAACAAAUCAACGCUUUGUUGACGCAACACGGAGUGGCCAGUGGCGGCAGUGUGCCUUUGGGUGGACAGCUGCUCAGCACGACAGCGAGUGGUAGCAGCGGCAGCGGGGCUGGCAGCUUGCAGUCACAGUCCGGGCUCCAGCCGACGACGCGCAAGUCGCGACUCAAGCGAUCCAAGUCUCCGGAUCUACAGCUGGUCGGAGGCAGCGCCAGCGGCAGCAGCAGCGGCGUCUCCCAGCAGCCACAGCCGGCGCAUCAUCACGCGCAGACGCUGCUCAUACAGGGCCAGAAUCAGACAUCCAUUGUGAGCCUACAGCAGACGGCCGAGGGCAAUUACAUACCCGUGCCGGGCACCGGUGACGAGUCGGACGUGGAUCACGAUCACGAUCACGAUCACGACCACUCCCACGAUCACACCCACAAUCUUUCACACUCCCACGAACACGAGCACGAGCACGAGCACGAGAGCAAGCCGAGCAAGAUCUGCAAGACAGAGCAAUCGCUGGCCUCGCCAUCGUCCAACUCGUCCAGCCACUCGAACAAUGCAACGGGCGUGAGCGGCGGAGUGACCUCAGCGGGCCAAGCCAUCGUCACACAAAUUGUAGUAGCGCGCGACGGAAAAGAUACAAAAAAUAUGACUAGUUUAGGCAUGGGCAUGAACGGAGGCCUGCUAGGCGUGCCCAUGGGAUUCCUGGACUUCACACCCGAGCCACCAGCACCAUCUGCCACACCAGUCACCGUUACGGAGCACGUCGACCUCUCGUGCAACCCCAGCACAGACACACGCGAUCUAUCAAAUCCCACCGAUCCGCUCGACAUUGACAAUCAUUUGGCGCAGCAGAUCCAUCGACUCGAUCAAUCUCCCAUGCAUUCGAUAGCCCAUCAUCAUACCGGGGACGAGAGCAACUCGAACCUCGUGCAGCACAUCAAGAGCGAGGUGAUCGAUGCCAAGCAUCUGGCGGCUGCCCAGCAGCAUGCUAUCUCCCACGCCCAGCAGCAGCAUGCCCAUCAUCAGGCACAGCAACAGCAGCAGCAGCAGCAGCAACACCUCCAUGCCCAGCAGCUGAUGGCCCAAAGUCAGGCCCAACAGCAGCAGCAGCAACAGCAGCAGCAGCAUCAGCAACAGCAGCAGCAGCAGCAGCAGCAGCAUCACCAGCAGCAACAGCAACAGCAGCAGGCGGCGGCAGCGGCAGCUGUGCACGCCCAACAUGGUGGGCAUGUGACGCACGCGGAGAUCAGUGGGGCAACUGUCAUGGAGAUUGAUCCGAGCCAAAUAAAGCAUGAGCCCGGAAUGAUUAUAACGCCGGAGAUUGUCAAUAUGAUGUCCUCAGGGCAUAUGGAUAUGUACAAUUCGGAUACGAGCGAGGAUUCGAUGAUGAUCGCGAAUGGUUCGCCGCACGAUCAGAAGGAGCCGCACUAUACGAACUUGGAUCAGCAGCAUGGAAGCGGGCUGGGUGGCAGCGUUUGCGGCCCCGGUGGUGCUGGUGGUGGUGGGGGCAUGGGUGGUGGGGCUGGCUCUGGCUCUGGCGAGAAAGGUCAGUUUAAUGGUCCCAAAGCUUGGACACAAGAUGAUAUGAAUUCAGCUUUAGAUGCAUUAAAGAAUCAAAACAUGAGCCUGACGAAAGCAUCUGCCAUUUAUGGCAUCCCAUCGACCACCCUCUGGCAGCGUGCUCAUCGUUUGGGCAUCGAAACGCCCAAGAAGGAGGGCGGCACCAAGUCAUGGAACGAGGAUGCCCUGCAGAAUGCCUUGGAGGCGUUACGUUCGGGCCAAAUAUCCGCCAAUAAGGCAUCGAAAGCCUUUGGCAUACCCUCAUCGACGCUCUACAAGAUAGCGCGCCGUGAGGGCAUCCGCCUGGCGGCGCCAUUCAAUGCCGCACCAACCACGUGGACGCCCGAGGACUUGGAGCGUGCAUUGGAGGCGAUCCGGGCGGGUAAUACCUCUGUACAGAAAGCCAGCGCUGAGUUUGGCAUACCCACAGGAACACUUUAUGGACGCUGCAAGCGGGAGGGCAUUGAGCUGUCGCGUUCGAAUCCCACUCCCUGGUCCGAGGAUGCCAUGAACGAGGCCCUCAACUCAGUGCGGGUUGGCCAAAUGUCCAUCAACCAGGCGGCCAUCCACUACAACCUGCCCUACAGCUCGCUGUACGGCCGCUUCAAGCGCGGCAAGUACGAUGUGGUGGCAAACACGAGCGGCGUAUCGCUGAUGAACACCUCGGGCAACACCACGGGCAGCAUUGAGAUUAUCGAGCACAGUCAGGAGAAUUCGAUGCAUAUGUUGCAGCAACAGUUCCCGUACAGUCCAUCGCCGCAUCCGGCAACGCCUCAGCAUCAUAGCACACCGCAGCAUCACAGCUCGUCUCAGGGGCCGCCAACGCCGCAGCAUAUGCAGCAGCAUGUGGUGCACAUGCAGCAACAGCAGUCGCCGCAUCAGGGCCACCAUCCGCAGCACAUGCAACAGGACGUGGUGACGUCAAGCAGCCAGGUGGUGCAUAGCCAACAGCAACAGCAGCAACAGCAGCAGCAGCAGCAGCUUCAGCAGAUCUAUCAGCACCAUGGCACGCCCGAGCGUAGUUGAGAAUCACUGCAUGCUGCGGCAAUAAUGGGCAGCACCGGUGGAAUAGGAGGAGUAGGAGGAGCAGCAGUUGGAGGUGGUGGUGGUGGCUCUAGCACCACAACGCCCAGCACUACGCCCUUUGCCAGCAUAUCAGCGUUGGUCAGCGGACCGGCUGUCGCACCUCCAGCCACAGUCACAGGCAUAGCCACAGCAGCAGCGGCAGCAACUGGCACCAGCAAGCGCAAGAAAUCGUCCAAACAAAAGCGUUGAAAGCAGGAUCAGCCUCGGGGGCAGGUGCAGGUGCAGGAGCAGGAGCAGGAACAUGAUGGGGAGGAUAUAAAAACGAUUGCCGGCGUGGCCAAGUCCGAGGACAUCAAAUUUAGAUUUAAUUAUAAGCACUGGAAGCGCAAGCUGAUGCAGUUUCAUUUGCUAAUGUCCAAACCAUAGAACGAGUUAGGGGUAGCAGGAGCAGUCGGAAAAAACUCCAUUUCAAACUUCCCAAGAGUAAUCCAAUCCAAUUCAAUCCAAUCAAAACCAAUCACAAAUACGAUUAGCUAGAUUUGGACAGUAAAAUUACACAAUUGAGAUGUGUAUAAAAUGUAAAUAUAAUGAGAAAGAAAUAUGCUUUAUCUACAAUAUACGGAACAUAGUUAAAUAGAUGUAGGUUCUCAAAGUCCUUUUGUUCUAGCCGUUUAAGCAGACCGUAGAGAGAAAGAAGGAGAUAUAUAUAGACAUAUAUACCAUAGACAGAUCGUACAGGAAACAUGAAUUUUGCUUUGCCCUAGACUCGAAAGUUAAUGAAUUAGUUUUUUGGUGUUUUUAGUUUUGCGGCUUGAAGAGUAGUUUGUUUUUAGUGGACAUAAAAUAUGCAUAAAUGUACGUAUACGUAUACAGAUACAAACACAUACAGAUACAGAUAUAAAUGUAUAUAUAGGAUAUGUAUAUGUUUAUAAUUUGGACUUGUAACCAUUCGGAAAACUUUGAAUGAGGGUCAAACGUAGGUGUAAGCAAAAAAGUAGCAGAAUUCUGAUUCUAGUUAUCUCCCUCCUCCCCCGACACAAACACACACACACACACAUCAACUAUCAUAAUUUCCGCUUAGUGUGAGACUGAAAGUGCGCCGUAAAAUCGUGAAGACCGACCGUAUAGCCAAAAGCCCAAAACAAUAUCGAAAAGAGCGAAGAAACACUUGAAUCAAAUCAAAUGCUUUAUACCAUACCGUGUUGAAAGCGAGGGAAGGAAAGAUUAAAUACCUUAAAAUAGAAUUAAACCAAAUUAUCAAGGUCCUAGCAAUUAAACUCAUUAGCGUGUAACGACAAAAGAAAAGGAAACAAAAAUCAACCCAGAUGCAAAUCAGAAAAGAGAGUUAUAUGAAUUUUACGGAAACGCCCUGAAGCCACAACAUUUUAUUUGGAUUUCAUUUCAAAUUUAAUUUAGGAUACGUAGAAAAUACAUAAUGUAGAAUUGAAGUAACACGUGAAAUAAAAUGUAUUUUUGAUAUACAAAACAAACAAAAAUCAUAAGUGGAAACAGUAGAACUUUGCCAACACAUCGCAAACGCAGUCGAGAGUACGUAAGAGAAAACAACCAAUAAAUAAAUACACACCUCUAUAAUUAUAUACAUAAAGGUAUGUACUUGGAGUCCUCAAAGUGAAGCAUACAAUUUCUAGUGUAGUAUCAGCAAACACAAAAAUUAAAGAGAGUAAAAAUAAACCCAUAUUUCUACAUAGAAAAUUUGAAAUAGUUUUUCUUUCAGGCAACAUUAGGAUGCCACUUGAAAAUAUUAUUUGUGUAAAUCCUUAGUGAGAUAGAGAAUCUUUCCACCAAAAUCUGCAAGAAACGAAAAAUAAACAAUUUAAAAACUAAAAAAAAUAUAAAAAAUACAAUCAAAUGUAUGAUAACUUCCAGUAGCGUAAAUAUGUAUGUAGAAAUCCAAAAUCCAACCGAAAAUGAAUAUGAAUAUUAGUACUUGAUGACAUAUUAAUUAUAGUAACUUGGACUAUUUUUGGUUUCAUCUCAGUUUAGGCGGAUCCGGAGAGGAGAGCGCGUGGUGGAAACAAUCUGUAAAUACAUUUAAAUAUAGUUUUAUUAGUGGUUAGAGAAACCAAAAGGGAGAGGUACAUAUGUGGAAAUUGAGAAUCAAAGUUGCAAACUAAUUUAUUUUAGAGUUAUAGAUCCGUAGAACUGAAUGCAAUAUGCUUACCUUAUACUCGACAUUAUUUAAUUCUAUUCCUAUUAUCUUUAGUUGGAUUCACAAGUGUUUUAUAGCAAAACUGUAAACUGUAUAUCAUUGUAAAUUAAUGACAGCAUUAUGAAGUACGAGUAGCAUACACAAAAGUUAAAUCAACAAUAAACAAAAAAACAUUAAAUAUCAUAACAUUGUUAAAAUUGCCGCAAGAGCAAUUAAAAAAAUGCCCAGAAACUUGAAAA